UCCAGCCCUCUGCAGUUACAUGACCUUAUCCGAAGAAGCUGGAAGCGAAAAUCGAUGUGAAACACUGAAACAAGUACGAAGACUUUCUUCCCUUUUUUUUUUUCCCUUUGCGUUUCUUUGAAACCGGCGACAACAGGCUGGACAACAGACCGCUGUCUGUUUACAGGAGCGAGCAAACGACAACGCUUUUCGUCCUCACAGAAACAGCUGUGGAAGAAGAAACUUUAUAGAGGACGUCUCCAAAACUAUGAGCAGGAUGUUUAACAGUUUGGACCUGUUCGUCGUAGGCUGCCUCUUUCUAAUGGUUGAAUCCCAAACAGGCCAAAUCUUACCACCACAAAAUUUGUCUGUGCUGUGGAGAAAGGAAUUUCAACCAGAGUUUACCUGGGCAUCACCGCAGCAUUCAGUAUCAAAUUGCACCUAUCAAGUGAUGACACAAAACAAGGACGUAGGAAUCCAAAAAAUAUUUUUGAACGUUUCCCCUCCCUGGUCAAGCUACAUAGUGAUGGAAGGAGGAUUUCUGCAGCUGUCUGUUCAAACUGUCUGUAAUGGCAAAGAAAAUGAGCGGGCUUUCUUCAACGUCUCUUACCCAGAGAUGGUGAAGAAUUUGCAGUGCUACGUACGUUCCUCCAAACAAACUGACUGCUCCUGGGAGGCAGCCAUUCCCACUCCUGAUCUCAGUUUUUUCUAUCGAUUAGUGGAUGAAGAUUUCACUGUAUCUGUUGGGGACAAGUCCUUGCCACCCUUACGAGAGUGCCCAUCGUACAGUUCCACCGAGGGCGUGAGGACUGGUUGUAAACUGCAGGCGAAGGUCACACAGAACAUCCACAUCUUUUUUAACGGAACAGUGAACAACACAGUCUACAGGAACACCUUCACAAAAGAUCUUUGGGAUGAUGUGAGACCACCUCCCCUUAACUGGACGGUCAUUAAGCAUAGGGAUAAAUUCAUCAUCAGCUGGAUUCCUCCUGACACUGGAAAUCUGACAUGGAAGUUCCUAAUUAAUUACACUGAGUGUGUUAAUACAACGACUAAGACCAUUGAAAGAAAAACAUCAGCUCAUCUGAACCUGGUUGCUCACUGUCAGUAUCGCAUAAGGAUUCGAGCAGUGCGUGGAAGAUCUAGUACGCCAUGGAGUGACGAGAAGUAUUUUGAUGCAGAUACAGAUCCUAAAGCAAUGGUGUAUCUUGCCAUUAUCAUCCCACUGAUGUUUGCUGCCCUGGCAAUCCUGAUUUUUGUGUGUUGCAGGAAGAAUAAGGAACAUAUCUUCCCCAAAGUACCACAACCUCGGGACUUCCUCAGCGAUAUUUCCGACAACAAUAAUAAGAGCACUGUUUGCGAUCUGUACAUCCCAGCAAAGGAAGAGGAGAACUGUAACAUCACUCUGGUGAUGGAUCCCCAAAUCAAUAAUACAGAAAAAAAAGACACACAAUAAGACACGAUACUGCCAAGUCUGCAGUGAUAGCAGCUCGCAUCUGGAAUAACUUCGGGGGUCUCCCAGAGUCUUGUUGAUCUGACUGACUGAAGAAUGGAAACUUUUACUGUUCAAUUGAUGAAUCCAGGCACAGACUUUGGACCCUUUUUUUUGUGGCACGUUGAGUGAGUCAAGGGAAACGUCAACCCGAACCUCCUUUGCACAAAAAACACUGGCAGCUACCACAUUCAGGUGCAAUGUUGUUUGCAAAUUGAUGCAGCUGAAAUCCAACUUCACUCGCUAUUAUUUAGACAGGUGAAGUAAGUUACACUGAAUGACACGGCACUAAGUUGAAUUCACAUUCUAACCAGUCCUCCAGUAACAAUUCCAGUCCUUAUCACCAUGUCAUGUUUGCAACACCAGCAGUACUAACCCAUUAGUUACAGUAAAUUUGUCCUUUUUUUUUUUUCCUCUAUAAUUCCACCUUACUUACAUUACUAUAGCACCCGUGACGCUUCAUGACCAAAUAAAUAUGUCUCCUCGGACACAUGCAGUUGCCGCAACCGCAGCAGCGAAGCAUCAGUGGAAAUGGCCAGCAAUGGGGAGUUCGGUAAUACUGAAUGAAGAACAAACUGUGAUCUAUUCCACACAACCACGUUGUCCCUAGAAGUUCUGCAGCAAUACAUUUUCAAUGAAUUUACUUUUUUUGGGAAAUCAGUUAAUUGUUUAAGUAUCUAACAAACAUUACAUACGUAAAUACUAAACAUUUGCUGGUCCCAGCUUUGCAUGAGGAUGCAAGAAUUUCUUGCUUUUCUUUUCUUUUCUUUUUUUUUAAUCAUAUUAAAUGCAAUAUCUUUGUAGUAACAGAGUCAGAGAACACAAGCAACUUCAUCUUUUGCUUUGGGGAACUUUUAUCAGUGUUUGUUUGUUUGUUUUUAAACAUAUAACAUACUUGGUUUGAUUCUAUUAUAAAACUAAGCUAUUAAGGCUCAUUUACUGUUCAGCUUUUCUACUGAUUAAUGACUGUCCCUGUCAACUAACCAGAAAAAGUCAAAUAAAUAGAAUACCAAGCAAGCCAGUCUGAUGUAUACAAAUAUACAAUACUUGUACAUGUCUCAAGGCCAACAUCUCCUCUGGUCUACCAUCAUCAGUUCUCGUCCAGUCAUCCUUCCUGACUUGGGAGAUUAAUAAAUAUCACAAUUACAGCGCAAUAAAAUGUUUUGAUAUACAGGUACAUUGUUGGUAUUUCAUUGUAUCCAAUCCAAUGUUUGUGGUUUAACUUCUCCAGGGAUUUCCUUUAUGUCGGUGUUUAGGUGUUUGUAGAGCUAAAACUCACCUGAAAGUGUAUUUCAUUUGCUAGGUUGAGAACACAAUGAAAUACGUAUAAUUAAAUUAAUUUCCUCCCUCUCAUGUACCAUGAAUGUGAAAUGACUGAAGCACUUCUGUGUAAAUACUGAUGUAUCAAUAUUGAAAUUGUUGCCAGUUUGAAUGUCCACUUGUGAACGGUUUAUAUUUGAUUUUACGUUCUUUUUUAAAAAUAUUUUUGAGUGUUUGCUUUGUUGUGAUUUCAUUUGCAUGUGACAGUGUCCAUGUGAUAAUUAUGCAUCCGGAGCCAGCAGCAGGUUAGCUUAGCUUAGCUUACUAAUACUUUUUUUUCUUUUUUUUAAGGUUAUGAAAUAAAAAACAGUAGAUUGGAUUUGCCAUCAUGUUGAGCUUUUAACACGGCGUUAAUGACUUGGAAGAUAUGCAGUGAUACUUUUUUUUUUUUUCUUGAGCUGAUUAUUUGACACCAGUUAAAGUUGAGUGUUUUUUAAAUGUAUCAAACAGCAUAAAGUGUUAAUAUAUCCGUUUUUGUUGUUGUUAUAAUCACUUAUGAGUGUUUAUGUUCUGUUUACUUAUUUUAAAUGCAAAUGAUGAUCUGAAACAAUGUACUGCAUUUUUGAU